ACGAUUUCUCCAACUCAUCGUCACCGCUAUGCCACCUGCACUCGCUCCUACAAAUACUAGCACCAAUAGAUCCGGCCAGCAUAUUACUGUUGAAUCUUCCUCGUACCCAAUGGCAGCGACGUCUCCUCUUCUCCUCCGCCUCCUUUUUCUUUCCCUAACCAUCCACUUUGGUAUCUCUGGCGCUCAUCUCCACAGAUCCAAACUCACCGCUUCAGAGGAUGAGCAGAUCUCUGUAGCGACGACGGCGGCGGCGGGGCUUCCGCCCUUCUCCCCCACCACUUUCUUCGAGGUCACGAAGCCCGUCCCUCUCCCGCGAGGCGACGAACCGGCCUGCUCUACCCUCGUCCUCCAGCACGACUUUGGCUUCACGUACGGUAAGCCCCCCAUCACCGCCUCCUACCGCCCCCCUUGCGCCCGGCUCCGCCGCGGCCGAGUCCCCUCGCGCGCUGUCCUCGAGUGGUCCGCCGCCUGCCAGGGCCGCCAGUUCGACCGCAUCUUCGGCGUCUGGCUCGGCGGCGUCGAGCUCCUCCGCAGCUGCACCGCUGAGCCCCGCGCCACCGGCAUAGUCUGGACCGUGCGCAAGGACGUCACCCGUUACGCCGCCCUCUUCGCCCGCCCACAGACCCUCGCUAUCUACCUCGGCAACCUGGUCGACCAAACCUACACGGGCGUCUACCACGUCAACGUCUCCCUCCACUUUUUCUUCGACUCCUCCCGCCACCACCAUCAUCCCCGCACCCCCGCCGCCGGCAACCGAGUGCCCGGGUUCGCAUCCCCUGCCAAUCUGGUCCUGCCGAUCUCCCGGAGCCUGCCGCUGAACGACGGAUUGUGGUUCUUGGUUCAGAACUCCACCGACAUCCAGUCGACAAAGCUCGCCAUUCCGACGAACACCUACCGUGCGGUGCUCGAGGUCUAUGUCUCUUUCCACUCAGCAGAUGAGUUCUGGUACACCAAUCCCCCCGAUGCCUACAUAUCCGAGAACAACCUCACCGAUCUCCCCGGGAAUGGGCCCUUCAGGGAGGUCACCGCCAGGCUAGACGGCGAGAUCGUCGGCGCCAUUUGGCCGUUCACCGUGAUCUAUACUGGCGGAGUAAACCCGCUGCUGUGGAGGCCCAUUUCCGGCAUCGGAUCGUUCGAUCUUCCAUCUUACAGUAUCGAGAUUACCCCCUUCCUGGGGAAGAUUUUGGAUGGGAAGCCUCAUGAAUUCGGUUUCGGAGUGACGGACGCUUUGAAUGUCUGGUUCAUCGAUGCCAAUUUGCAUCUCUGGUUGGAUGCCAAGAGCUCGUAUACCUUGGGAAGUCUGAUCAAGUACGAAGCACCAGAGUAUGCUCCGUCUCUGGAUUCUCAUUUUAAGGGUCUCGACGGGCGAUUCAAGACGAGUGCGAGCAGGUAUAUAUCUUCCACCGGGUGGGUGAGGUCGUCCUACGGGAAGAUCACCACCAGUUUCUUCCAAAAGCUGCAAUAUGAGAACUUGAUGGUGUUUUCUGGGAAUGGAAGCGUUCAGACGGUCAAUCAGACUAUAGAUUUCAACUACGGUACUUAUGCCAAGCAUCCAUCUUCCGUCUUGUACUCGGAGCAUGUCCACCGGAGCUUUCCGCUUUAUCUGUACACGGGGACUGUCGACCAAGGGAACGACACCUACGAUCAGGUCGCAAAUGUAUCACUGGGAUUCAACGAGAAGAAGCUCUCGGGAGAGAAAUUUGGCUUUACAUAUAGCUCUUUGAAGAAUCUGCAGACUGGAAGUGGUGACAUGCGAGUGAAGGGGAAUUUGGUGCAGAGUGGUGUAGCCAGCACUCAGCAAGUCUACAAGUAUGAAAGCACUGAUGGUUGCUACUAUAGGAAUGUGAGAAGCAGUAAUUACACUAUUCUAUCUGACAAAUCAGAAGAAUUUUGCACCAAGAACUCACCUUCAGAUGGAGAGUACAUUUUUACCUGAUGCCUUGCUUUCUUAGUCAGGAGGAAGUUUCUGGCAUCUGAAUUGUAUAGGUUGAUCCUUGGAAUUAUGUUCAAUAAAAGGAAAUCAAGCUCUAUGAGGCCACACUGCCUUGGUUUUUGGAUUUCCAGAUGCUGCUGUAAGUUAGGAACCUAAAUUUUAUGGGCUUCGGUUUAUCUUUGUUUCAUAGUAUAUGCUUCAUUUAAUUGCUUACAAUGAUAAUUGUUAGUGUUCUUAGAGUCUGAACCAUUUUCUUUAUCUGUAUUUA